AUGACCGCCAUACUUUCUGUUCUCCUCGGUGCCCUAGCCAUUGCUUCGGCAUCGCCCCUUGAAGCCCGAGCAGUCACGGCUCUCGACCAGGCAGCUUUCGAAGAGGCACAACAGCGCGAUGACACUGCCACCCGUGCAUUUUCGGCUACGGAAAUCAAGACCUCCGAUGGACAAUGCCUCGUCGUCAACGAACUCUCAGGAGACUUUCGCGCCAAUCUAACUCCAAUUACAGCCGCUGCCUGUGAUGGAAGCACAGGUCAAUUGUGGGAUAUUAUCACUAGUGGCAAGCACAACGAUAAAGCUGGCACUAUGCUGGUUGUGAACACUCUGACCCAAGCUUGUCUCAAUUUCGAUCCCCGAAGAGCGGCAGGGAACACCGUGAUCAUGUUUUCAUGUGGCGGAAGAGCUGAUGGAGGGGGCGCGAUCACCAGCUCGCAACAAUAUACGUUCGAUGGUGGCGCUGGCCCACUCGCAUUUGAACCUCAAAAUGCCAUUGGAACGUGCUUUGCCCUCACAGCCGCCGGUAUCUUGGACCAGGCUCCUUGCAAUGCCGGGGAUGCAGCGCAGUCAUUUACUUUUGGCGGCGACGCCCAGGCUGCUCCCGCAAAAGGUGCAGCAUCUCCCGCAGCAGCAUCUUCGGUGGAUUCUGUGCAGACUGCCGCCCCAGCUGUAGCCGCCUCUCCGACUGCCGGAAGCUCAAAAUGUGCCUCGACAACAAUGAAGACUGUCACCAGGGCGCCGACAGCCGCCGGCGCAGCUGCAGCAUCAUCUUCUCCCGCAGCAGCACCGGCAGUGACUUCCGCCGUCCAGCAAGUUGAUGCAAAUCCCACUUCUGCAGUGCCAGUCUCGCGAGCCGGCGGAGUUCUCCAGCCCUCAGCAGCAGCGGAAGCCAAUCCCCGGGAUGAUACCGCAACCCGCGCCGUCUCAUCCGCGUCCAUCAAGUCCUCUACCGGCAAGUGCCUCUUCAUCGACCCCACCGCCGGCGAUUUCCGACAAAACUUGAUUCCAAUUGGAGUUCAAGAGUGCACAGGAGGCGCAGGGGAGAAAUUCGAUUUGAUCACCAAGGGCGCGCACAACGACCAGGAGGGUGCUACGCUAGUUGUGAGCAGCUUGAUGCAGGGAUGCCUGAACUUUGACGACCGAAGAGCCGCUGGCGAUACAGUGAUCAUGUUUUCCUGCGGAGGCAGGGCCGACGGCGAAAGUGGAACGACGAACUCCCAACUAUUCAAAUUUGCAGGAGGAAACACAAUUGUUCUUUCCCCAGAAAACGCAAAUGGUGCAACUUGCAUGUUUGAUAAUGCCGGCAAGUUGGAUUCGACCGCUUGCACUGGGGGUGCUGCGCAGGUGUUCACAAUUGAGGCUUGA